AUGGCAUGGAUUAGUCGCUCCGACACUAUGCCACAGAGCUCUCCACCUUCAUCUCCUGCUCUUUCGAGCUCUUAUCAUUCUAUCCGUCCUAGACGACCUAGUCUUGAGAUCGACGGCGAAAUUCUGUCUACCCGCGGCCAACGUUUGGCAAGUCUCAUUCGCAGGCGUUCUAUCUCCACCCAGAGUCCUGAACCCUGGGAUGAUACUACUCGGCAUGAUGAACUUCCGCCUUGGGAACGGGCAAAGAAAUUGAUCGGGGAUGUCAAGUCCGUCUAUAAUUGGUAUGUCAUUGACCAUGGUCCAUGGAACACACGUCUUGGGGGCAAAGUAAAUCUCAUGCAAAAUCCUGUCUCCAGGCAAUUGUAUUAUAGAGACCCCAAAUCAUUAGAAGGGAUGAGCAAAAAGCUGACGGAAACGAAAGCGCCCCGUCCCUAUCAGAUGGCGGGCCGAAAGACGACGACUUCGUCGAUAGCAGUGCCCGCAUUGUUACGAUUGCCAUCUACGUGA